AUGAGUCAAACAGACAUCAUCACGCGCCCGCACCCCGACACGGGCAUGUCGGACUCCGCGCACAGCAGCAGCAGUAGCAGCGCCGAGCGCUACGCCCUCAACGAAGCCGACACCACCCCCAUCCUCCUCUACAAAUACCGCGGCGGCCUCGACACCUCCACGCAGAAAGAGCUGUGCGCCUACCUCGACAAGAAUGAAUCCCUCCGUGCGACGCGCAAACACAUCCCUCGCUGGACUUCGUACGUCGACAUCCAGCGCCACGACCUCUACUUGCCCACGGAAAAGAACCUCUACGCCUCCUACCCCAACUACAACUCCAAUCUCGCCUCUGUGAAAGUCCCCGCGCUGGCGUACUGGAGUCGAUUACUCCUCGGCAAUUACCAAGACUUAUUCAUUGUAUCACCCGAGAGCAGUCCUGCUUCGAGUCAGGCAGAUGAGGAGAGCAGACGAGCGUCGCCGACAAACACUUGGGCGAGAGAGGACACGGGAGAAAGCGAAGAGACGUGA